AUGAAUAUAUGCCAACUUGAUUCCACCCAAAAAAUAGUAUAGUUUACUGUUAGAAUGAUCAUCCUCUCUUGUGCUUUGAUAUCAACCUUGUUUGUUGGGAUCACCUGCUUAAAAAGCAACAAGUAGAAAUAUUGGGUAUUCAAAUUGCUAAUUCUAUAAUCAUUCGCUGAAUCAAUCGAUUUGAUCGGAGCCAUCUCUUUAUCAUUUCAGAGUAAAUGCUAUGAAACUUUAUGCCACUAUAUCGGAUAUAUCAUGCACUGCUGUUGGCUCACAUCAUUCUCUUGUUUGUUGCUGUUAUUUUAUUUGUAUCAUUCUGCCCUUCACGUACUAAUUAUAAUAUAAAAUAGAUUAAUUCCAAAUAUUAGGCUGUGACUAAUAACAUAAACAAAUUCAUGAUUCUUUGCACCAUCUGGCCCUACUUAUGGCUCCUCUACCCAUUGCUAAACGAUUCCAUAGGCCCCACAGGAUGGAAACUCUAUAACUCAACAGAGUUGUUCUAUCUAUUUUGCGGUUUCGAAGUACUUCCAAAUCUCUUAUGUCUAGGAGGAUGAAAUCAUUUUCCUGAUCUUUUGGUCCAUACCCUUAUGGUUGAUAUUCCUAAGUGUUUUAAUUUUAAGAAAGAAAGUAUCUAAUUAAAAAUUCAAUAGAUUAGUUCUCGAAUCAAAACCCUCAUUUUUGAAGAACAAAUAAGUAGCGUUGAACUAGACAUCAUAAAGAAAGUGGCAGAUUUUUCGAUUAUCUAUGUAUUCUUCUGGCUAACCAAUCAGUGUGUUAAGUAAAUUAAUUAAUUUAUCAAAUUUAGAUAUAUACAACUAUUUUAUGAGGGAUACACUAAAUCCUUGUUUGCAUACGUCUUGUUUGUGUUCACGUAUCUUUUCUUUGAAAUCCAUUUAGUCAUAAUUGCAUGCAUCUUCUACAAAAAUUAUAAGUAAUUUUGCACAACAUUAUUGUAUAGUUAAGUAAUUGACAUAAAAGCUAUCUGGUCAUUUGGGAAAAAGAAUUCAAAAGUAAAGAGUGAUGAGUAAUUAAUUUGA